AUGGCGACGGCACAACCGGUAGUAGUUUCCCUGCAUGACCUCAAGAGUGGGGCAAUAUCAUUCGAAACUCUGCAGGAGGCGUUCGGCCCCGAUUCUUUGGGCAUCCUGGUUGUGAAAGAUGUGCCCCAAGAGUUUGCUAGUUUGAGGCGCAAGCUGCUAUCCUAUGCGUCCUAUAUGGGCAACCUCAAUGAAGAGGAUUUUGACAAGUUUACCAAUGAGGCGGCCAAGUACUUGGUCGGGUGGUCCAAGGGCCGUGAGCAGCUCAAGAAUGGUGGAGCAGAUGAUCUGAAAGGAUCCUUCUAUGCCAACUGCGCAUUUUACGUUGACCCUACCCGCGAGGCUGCAACGCCCACUGAGCUUUUCACGCUCAAGGACUUCCCCGAGUAUCUGGCGCCAAACUCAUGGCCGCCCAAGGAGAUGCUCCCGGGCUUCAGGCCUACGCUGGAAGAGCUUUGCACUGUGAUCAUCGAUACCGCGGUGCUCGUGGCGAGAGCCUGUGACAGAUUCGCCGAGAAGGAGAUUCCGGGAUACCCCAAGUCAUACCUGGAGACUGUCGUAAAGACGUCUUCCACCACCAAGGCUCGUCUACUGCACUACUAUCCCAUGACAGAAGAGAUCAUGGCCAGAGGCGGCGAAGAAGACAACUGGUGUGCAGUGCACAAGGACCAUGGCUGCUUGACGGGGCUGACCUCGGCCAUGUUCAUUGACGAGGAGAAAAUCAACGCCAAAGUCCCAGCUUUCGGUGACAAGGUCCCAGAGUCCUUGCCGAUUCUUGAGGAACUGCCUCAGUCGCCAGACCCACAGGCUGGACUAUGGAUAAAAUCCCGAAAAGGCCAUCCUGUUCAGGUGAAAAUCCCGAGGGAUUGUAUUGCUUUUCAGACGGGCGAGGCUCUGGAGAGGAUAACACGGGGCAAGUUCAAGGCCGUGGAGCAUUCGGUGCGGGGCGCAUACGCUAAGGGAGUGGCGCGCAACACCCUUGCCGUCUUCACGCAGCCGAAUCUCGAGGAUGAGGUCGACCUGGAUCAGAAGAUUACUUUUGGCGAAUUUGCGAGAGGCAUUAUUGCAAAGAACACGGUCUGA